AAACCCAUUUUCUAAUAGCGAGUGAACUAAGUGAGUGUGGAGUGGGACUUGGAGAAGAAAAUCCACAGCACCAUAAAAAAAUUUAAAAAAUGGCAACCCUUCAACUAGGGAAGCCGUACGAGAUAAUGUCAUCGACGUCGCCUUCAAUUCCCACUCCGUUUCACCACCGCAAAACACCAUGCUCCUCUUCGAGUCUUCUCAGGACGUGCAUUCCUCAGAGUAACAGAAAGAGGGGUGGUCCUCGACGCCACUCUGUAGGAGUCGUAAGCUGUUCCUUUGCACCCAUGGAAUCCGCUAAAAUUAAGGUGGUCGGUGUCGGUGGAGGUGGCAACAAUGCCGUCAAUCGCAUGAUUGGCAGCGGUUUACAGGGUGUAGAUUUCUAUGCCAUAAACACGGACUCUCAAGCACUUGUACAUUCUGCUGCCGAGAACCCACUUCAGAUUGGAGAGCUUCUGACUCGUGGAUUAGGUACGGGUGGGAAUCCACUUUUGGGGGAACAAGCAGCAGAAGAAUCAAAAGAGGCAAUUGCUAAUGCUCUUAAGGGGUCAGAUCUUGUAUUUAUAACAUCUGGUAUGGGUGGAGGGACAGGUUCUGGUGCUGCCCCUGUUGUUGCUCAGAUUUCCAAAGAGGCAGGUUAUUUGACUGUUGGUGUAGUUACCUAUCCUUUCAGCUUUGAAGGACGUAAGAGAUCCGUACAGGCAUUGGAGGCUAUUGAAAAAUUGCAGAAAAACGUUGACACUCUUAUAGUGAUUCCCAAUGACCGUCUGCUUGAUAUUGCUGAUGAGCAAACACCACUUCAGGAUGCUUUUCUUCUUGCUGAUGAUGUUCUACGUCAAGGAGUGCAAGGAAUUUCGGAUAUAAUCACAAUUCCUGGACUGGUAAAUGUGGAUUUUGCUGAUGUAAAAGCAGUCAUGAAAAACUCUGGAACUGCAAUGCUUGGAGUAGGAGUUUCUUCCAGCAAAAAUCGUGCAGAAGAAGCCGCUGAGCAAGCUACUUUGGCUCCCCUUAUUGGAUCCUCGAUUCAAUCAGCCACUGGAGUAGUGUAUAAUAUUACUGGAGGAAAAGACAUAACCCUGCAAGAAGUGAACAGAGUAUCCCAGGUUGUGACAAGUUUGGCAGAUCCAUCUGCUAAUAUUAUAUUUGGAGCUGUUGUAGAUGAACGCUACAAUGGAGAGAUUCAUGUGACUAUUAUAGCCACGGGCUUUUCCCAGUCGUUUCAGAAGACAUUAUUAACGGACCCCAGGGCAGCAAAACUGAUUGAGAAAGUAGCAGGGGAUCAAGGAAGCAAGGGAAUACCCCAUCCCCUCAAGGCGUCAACAGCAAAUUCAACAGUUCCAUCUAGAUCAUCGCCACGCAAGCUUUUCUUUUAAUUCCUUUAGAGCUUUUUUGGCCAAUGUUUUCUCUUGUUCCUUUUAGCUUUGUAAUAAUAUUGAAGCUUGAUUUUUGAAAUGUCAUUAUGUUUGUGGUCAUACAGUCUGCUCUACAUUAUAUAUUUUUCAAAGUCUGUAACUAACUUAUGAUGAUUAACUAAUAGAACAGGUGGUAAAAACUUAUUUA